CAACAACAACAACAACAACAAAACUUGACUUGGCCAGCGUCACACGAUCCUAUAGACAACAACAGUACUCAAUCUGAAAAUGAAGAAUGUCUUGAUCUCAUCUCAUUAAAUGACCUCAGGCAAGGCGAGCUGUAUAUUAUUAAAAUCAAAUUGAUAACAAUCGCCUUAUUUCAAGGAUGGCAUGAUGAAAUGUGUUGCUUUUAUGUUUUACGUAAACAAAACAAACAAAAGUCAUACAAAGCCUUAUUAUUCAUUAUUUAGGGACGGAUUUAUCUGAUAUGUCAAGAUGGUGUGAAGCAAGAUACUUGCCAAACAAUUUUGACGCGUACUAUGCGUUUGAUCAUGCUGGAAAUCCACCCAUUCACCUAUGGACAAAGCAAUUAAAGACAGCUAUACCUUACAACUGGUUCAGUAUAUUUGAAGAAGCUAAAAGGAUGCAGCGAUGGUGGAUUCAAUCCUACUUCGAGUCAGGCACCAUGUUGAACUACUAUGAAAAGUCACCGUCAUCUUACGAGUAUUCGAUUACGGCAACAGACCAUAACUCGCGACUGAAUGGCAGUAAGGAAGAUGAAGGUUGCGAGGAUGUAUUCGAGGACAAGACGGUUCAACGAGAAUCAACUGUAGCCCUUGUUUCGUCUAACGUGAUACCCUUUCCAGAUGCAAUAGAAACUCAGCAUGACCACACGAAGUACCAUACAUCAUUACCACGCACUUCAUCCCUUCCCUCUAACCGACAAGACGAGGCAUUAAAAAAGCACAAUUUACCUCAGAAUACUGUUACAGACAAUGAGGAAAGUAUUAAGCCAGAAAGAAAGAAAUUGACAAACAGAAAAUCAUGGUCAUCGCUCUUUCUAAAAAAGGAGAAGUCAAAGAAAGCACAGGGCGAAAGCAAAAAGAAUGUACCCAGAGAGGCAAGAUAUACGCUACCUGCCUAUGCUACUAGUAGAGAGAUACAGUAUGCGGAUAACAUAGACUUUAAUUAAUUUAAACUACAACACUAAUAAUGUAACUGUCUUUUGUACAAAGUUUCGCUCUUUAUUGGAGUUGACCAUGACAAUAUCUCUGUGAAUCUAAGAUCGUGGAGGUUGUAUAGCUUUGAACCAUACACAUUGAAUAUGCUCAAUGAGGCUGAAUUACUAUAUAAUGUAUUGCUUGAUCAAGGAUUUGAGAGUGAUAUCCAUAUAAAAAAAACACACAUAUUGUCCAGG